AUCUAACUUACACGAUUUCGUCAAUGGAAUCAUGUUGUGAUCGCCAUAGGCCAAACUUCUGUUUGCUGAAGGUGCUAAAGACAUCAAGUCAGGAAGAAUACCCUGCUUUUUUAACGAGGCUGUAUUGCAUCACAUUCUGAAUACAGCGGGACCGACAGGGGCAAGAGUCCACGGGAGCUGCGAGGACCUCAGCUAUCCGGCCUGAGUGCCCAAUCAGAUCAAUAAGUGAGAAAGGACCGUUCGUCACAGUCUUAAGGUGGCUCGGGCUCUGAAGCCCUGGGACGGCGAUUUCAUUUCUCCCGCGGUCUCCAUGUUCUGUCUCGCAGCCUUGAAUGCAAAGCCAGGGGGGAAAUACAGCAGCCUCCGCCGCGUAGCUUUGAACCGGUCGAGACGUCCACCGCCGUAAUAUCCCGUGCUGACUGAUACGCGGCGGCACUGCUGCAUGAAGGGCCGGAGCACCUUAAAGCGCCCAACAAUGACAAAGCCCUGCCCUCAUCUUCACAGAAACAGUAUUUGGUAUUUCUGCUAUUUGCUAGAUGGGAUAUCUGUCAGAGGCCAUUUAGAGACUAAGCCGUAAAGUUACACGGGGAGACUUGCUGCUAAACAGGGCUAGAGAACCGGAUUUCUGGCUGAAAUCGUCUGCUGUUGCUGCUGCCUCAUGGAAACAAUGCAUGCUGAACCCGUCAAGACAUAUUGACCAGGGUGUUUUGUGAGGCCGUUUUACUCUCGGAUGGUGUCAACCCCAGCUCGUUGAAAAGGGGACCUCGUGAGCCCUCUGUGAUUGGGGUUACCUCGGGGGACCCGGACUGGGAUGCUACAGAGAUGGUGAACACAUGACCAUUGAGAGCACUUGGCUUUACUAAUGGAGCACCUCCAGGGAGCGUGGAAGACUCUGAGCAACGGCUUCGGAAUGAAGGACUCUGCAUUUGAGGGCCCGUGCCUUUCACCUACCAUGGUGCAAGGCUUUCCCUGCCAGCGUCGCUCCUCAGAUGACAGCAAGAUGCCCGACUCCAAGACUAGCAGCACUAUCCGAGUCUACCUCCCAAACCAGCAACGCACUGUGGUAAACGUGCGACCAGGUAUGACUCUGCACAAUUGCCUGAUUAAAGCAUUAAAGGUGCGAGGUCUGCAGCCUCAGUGCUGUGCCGUCUUCAGACUACAUCCAGGACAGAGGAGUAAAAAAUUACGGAUGGAUUGGAAUACUGACUCCACCUCUCUGAUUGGGGAAGAGCUGCUGGUGGAGGUUUUAGAUCAUGUUCCUUUGACGACGCAUAAUUUUGUUCGGAAAACAUAUCUGAAGCUGGCAUUCUGCGAUAUUUGCCAGAAGUUUCUUUUGAAUGGCUUCCGUUGCCAAACAUGCGGCUACAAAUUCCAUGAGCAUUGUAGCACCAAAGUGCCCACGAUGUGUGUGGACUGGAGCAAUAUCAGACAACUCCUGCUGUGUCCAACACCUGGUGAGAGUGGUGCCCCGUCACUGCCACCGCUGACAUCCCGGCGAAUGAGAGAAUCCCUAACACGGUUUCCAAGCUCAGCCCACCGAUAUUCCACCCCUCAUGCCUUCAACUACACCACGCCCUACCCACCCACAGGCGGCGGUCUCUCCCAGAGGCAGCGCUCCACUUCCACACCCAACGUCCACAUGGUUAGCACUACCCUGCCUGUAGACAGCAGCAUGAUUGAGCUAGAAUGCCUGAAUACCUCCCCCAGCUCCUGGUGCCAUAGAUUCUGGCUGAAGAGGAAAGAUGCAAUGCGUGAUCAUGACUCGGCGGGGAGUUCUCCCAGUCAGAGCCCUACAGGGUGGUCUCAGUCCCAGUCCAAAGCCCCGGCACCUGCCCAGCGAGAGAGGGUCCCGUCCUUCAACACACAGGAGAAAAAUAAAAUUAGGCCUCGGGACAAGCGAGACUCUAGUUACUACUGGGAGAUUGAGGCCAGCGAGGUUUAUCUGCACUCCCGCAUCGGUUCAGGAUCCUUUGGAACUGUAUACAAAGGGAAAUGGCAUGGCGAUGUAGCUGUGAAGAUUUUAAAGGUGACUGACCCCACACCAGAGCAGUUCCAGGCAUUCAGAAAUGAGGUGGCUGUCUUGAGGAAAACACGACAUGUCAACAUCCUGUUGUUCAUGGGCUACAUGACGAAGGACAACCUGGCCAUUGUGACCCAGUGGUGUGAGGGCAGCAGCCUCUACAAACAUAUUCACGUCCUGGAGACGAACUUCAAGAUGAUCCAGCUCAUAGACAUCGCCAGGCAGACAGCUCAGGGCAUGGACUAUCUGCAUGCAAAGAACAUCAUUCAUCGCGAUAUGAAGUCCAACAACAUCUUCUUGCAUGAAGGGCUAACAGUAAAAAUCGGGGACUUUGGUCUUGCUACAGUGAAGGCCAGGUGGAGCGGCUCCCAUCAGGUAGAGCAGCCUUCUGGAUCCAUUCUCUGGAUGGCUCCUGAGGUUAUCCGGAUGCAAGAUAACAAUCCCUACAGCUUCCAGUCUGAUGUCUAUUCCUAUGGAAUUGUUCUCUUUGAGCUCAUGACGGGAGAGCUCCCAUACUCCCAGAUAGCAAAUAGAGAUCAGAUUAUCUUCAUGGUGGGAAGAGGCUAUUUGUCCCCAGACCUCAGUAAGCUCUACAAGAACUGCCCCAAAGCCAUGAAAAGGCUGGUGGCUGACUGCAUCAAGAAGUCCAAGGAAGAAAGGCCGCUCUUCCCACAGAUCUUGUCCUCCAUUGAACUUCUCCAGCAUGCCCUCCCUAAGAUAAACCGCAGUGCCUCAGAACCGUCCCUGCACAGAGCCUCUCACACUGAGGAUAUCAAUGCCUGUACUCUGACCUCCACCAGACUCCCUGUUUUCUAGAGACUCAGACAGCACUGCCCCUCCUCCUCCUCUUGUUACACUUGCCAUCCUCUCCCUCUCUGAAAUAUCCCAAAUAGUCCAAAUGCUCAGUACAACCAAAAUCUCUACAUACAAAUGCACAUAUGUACCUAAAAAUGUACAUGCAAUCAUACAUAAACCCAUGUUAAUCAAUAAAAUAUGUAGGGAAAAGAGGAGGGAGGGAAGUGCAGAGAGAAGUACAUCUGACAGUAACUAUGGAAGAGUGAGUGGUGAUGGAUGGCAGUGGGAUGUACACAUGAAAAGGUUGGCAAAAGAUGCAUGGAGGUGGUGCCUUGCUUAUCACUGCACGUAUUAAGAAGUAUGCAGAGGCUCUAUGGCGGCAAUGCAUUUGGUAAAAUUUGUAAAUACAUGCACGCACACCUACCUAAGACAGCGAUGAACAGACAUUGAAGGAAGCUCAAGAGAAAGACGGAUGUGUCUCUCUUGAUUUGGGUUCUGUGAUGUGAAGCACACCCUUCUAUUUGGUUGCCCUGGUGUCUGAUGAAGAGGACCUUUAAAGCUUACCUGCCUUAAGAGGAAACAAAGCCUGGACUAAGAUCUUGCACAACUUCAUUUCCUCUUGUUAUCACAAACAAUGCCGUUGGAUGUAGUCCAUUUAGUUGCACAGUAGUAGUUGAUUUUACAUUGUCUUAAAUGAUAAUGAAGUAGAUAUGGGAAAUUGUUGUCUUUUUUGUUGUUGUUGUUGUUGUUGUCUUUGACUUCUUUUUAUUGUCUUUAUUUUUUGGGUCUUUUUGGAGGAAUUAUAGCCUUUCAGACAGCGAGCACGAGUGAUGAUGGAAAACUUUGCACAUUUUAGCAAAAGCAAUGGUUAUGUUUCAGCAGUCUACACAAUGGUUUCAUAGCUCUGAGUAAACUGAUCUGUAGAUACCUACACAUUCUCAUCAGUCCUUCCAUGGGUAGGUUGUUAUGAGCUGGACAUUUGGCGGUUGUCUUAAAUAUUUAAAAUGAUUUGGAAACUAAUUUGUAUUUGUUUAUCAUGUCUCUUUCAGGAGGUUAAGCCUUUUAUUGUGAACUUGGUGAGAAAGUUGUCUAUUCAAUAUUUUAAUAAAAUUAAGUUAAAUUUCUUUGCCAGA